UCCGGCUACGCACGUGACCCCCCCCGUCGGUUCCCUAACCCGCCGGCGUGGCGGGUGAAUGUUUACGUCAUCGCCGUGCGCCGGAAGUAGGGGUAGAACUCCGGCCAUGGGAGCCCGCCGCGCGCUGCACUUCGUGUUCAAAGUGGGGAACCGUGGCCAGAGCGCCCGCUUCUACCGCGACCUGCUGGGCAUGCGGAUUCUCAGACAUGAAGAAUUUGAGGAAGGCUGCAAAGCUACUUGUAAUGGCCCUUAUGAUGGAAAGUGGAGCAAAACAAUGGUGGGCUAUGGGCCCGAAGAGGAUCACUUUGUUGCAGAGUUGACCUACAAUUAUGGCGUUGGAGAGUAUCGACUCGGCACUGACUUUCUGGGCAUGACUCUUGUGUCCAGCCAGGCAGUGAGCAAUGCCAGGAAGAUGGGAUGGCCACUCAAAGAAGUUGCAAAGGGUAUAUUUGAAACUGAAGCCCCAGGAGGAUACAAGUUCUGCUUGGAAGACAAAGAACAACCAAAGCAAGAUCCCGUGCUAAAAGUAACUUUGGCAGUCUCGAACCUGCAGAAGUCUGUUAGCUACUGGUCUGAUCUGCUGGGAAUGAAAAUUUAUGAGACGAAUGAGGAAAAGCAAAGGGCUUUGCUAGGCUAUGCAGAUAACCAGUGUAAAUUGGAGCUGCAGGGCAUUGGCGGAGCAGUGGAUCAUGGCACAGCUUUUGGGCGGAUUGCCUUCUCUUGCCCAAAGGAAGAGUUGCCAAACAUUGAAGCACUGAUGAAGAAGGAGAAGCAGAAGAUUUUAACUCCCCUAGUUAGCUUGGACACCCCUGGAAAAGCAACAGUGCAAGUGGUUAUCCUGGCUGAUCCCGACGGCCAUGAAAUCUGCUUUGUAGGAGAUGAAGCAUUUAGAGAGCUUUCCAAGAUGGAUCCUAAUGGCAACAAGCUGUUAGAUGAUGCAAUGGCAGCGGACAAAAGUGACGAGUGGUUUGCUAAGCACAAAAUGCAGAAGGCUUCUGCUUAGCUGAAGAGAAUUGUCUCAUAAAUGGUGCCUUUAGCUGCUAAACACUUGUGAAAUGUGUCCAGUGUUGCAGUCAUGUUGUCCCCAUUCAGUGAGAGAGUCUGCAAUGCCCUUUGAUUUAAUAAAAAAAUUCCAGCUCUUUCUUAGAGGCUGGAUUCUCCUUGCAGAAGUCUAUAGGAGAAAAAGGGGAAAGUUGCCUUGUGCUGUGAUGGGUAGAUUGAGCACUUGAUUUCAUAAUGUGGGAGGUCAUGAACUAGUAAUAGGCCACCCUCUCAAGCUUUUCUCUUUCCUGUUGGAUUGAAAAAGACCGGAGUUUAGCCUAGAAAUUCGCUGAAUUUUUUUUUGGUAUUUUAGGUAUCAUAUAUCUACUGCAGUAUGUGUACUGAGCUAUCUUUCUGCAGGGAUUUAGGAGUGAAGAAUAACUCAAUUUCAAAUUCACCCUGUUGAAUAAGACCAGAACCAAUUCACUGCAUGCACUAAAACAGAACGCUAGCAAGGGGGAUUUAGAUUAAAUUAUGGUAUUUUAUUCUAACUGGCAGUUCUCUUCCAAAUAAUUCAUGCUGCUAAAACUGAUAGAAUAAAAAUUCGUGGCUCAGAGCUGGGUGGAAAAAAGCUCUUUGGAAGUGUUGAAAUACUUGCUUUCAAAGCAAAGUAUAGAUUAAAGAAUAAAGCAAAUCUUAUAUUGCUGGUGGGUUCCAUUCAUGGAAAAUGUAUUGGACAGCUCCAGAACUUAGAACUUAUUGCCAUGAAAUGAAAGGGACAACAUUAAUUGUGGUAUACUUCAAGUCUAUUUGCUAUUGUAUGUUACAGAGCAUUUUGUAAGGUCAGUGGCUUUAGCAAUGCUUGGUCUGCUGCACAUGGAAAAGAAAAAGCCUUGGGGUAGCUACUGUUUGUUGUGAACAGUGCAUGUAUUGUGUUUUUAUGACAUAGAUUAAAGCUGGAAUUGAGAGCUUGUCUACAUAGGGAAAUUGAUCAGCAUAAUUACAAUAAUAAAUAUCUAGCUCUUAGUGGAAUAGCUAUGCAGGUCAGUUUCCCUAUGUAGGCAAACCCUAAGGCUGACAUCUAGGGUUUUGAUUCUGACAAAAACCUCCCUGAAGCCAAACAUAGGUGGAUAGCUCAGUUGCUGUUAGCUGGCAUACGAUUAAAAUGGUUGAGCAUAGCUUAUAUUUUUUUCCAAAUAAACAUUAAACAAAUCUCUGCAGUACUAAUGAGAACACCGUGAUGAG